AUGGAUCCAUCAGUGCUUGGCCGACUAGCUGAUAUCGCCGACGACCUGCUUCGUCACAAGGCUUUGUCGGGUCUCUGCGCAGAAGCACGGAACGACGCCACACCUACACCGGGCCUUGCCCUCCCGCUUGUCGGCGGCAUAGCAGCGACAGAGCUAUACCAGCAGGGUUGUACGCCAUUCGCUGUCGAGCAGCUCGGACGCAUCUUCGAGAAGUACCGGAUGGCCCUUGCCGCGGAGCUGCACAGGACCUACGAAGUCGCCGCCUGCCAGCUCGCAGGACCGAAUGAGGGAAUGGUAUUCGCCUUGAGUCGAGCGCUCGGCCAACGAUAUCAGCGCGAAACACAGAACAUCCGGUUGCGCAUCCUCGACGAAGUCCGCGCCGCCCAACUCCGGCACUCCUCCUCUCCUCCCGCGCCCGAGUCACCUCCAUCAGGCCGCCCGAAGCAAUUCACCGCCGAAGUCCUCGCGAUCCUCGAAGCAGCGUUCGAAGCGAGCGACAGCGUCUCGCGGGGCGAGCGUCGCGAGUUGGCGAACGUGACGGGGUUGACGGAGAGGCAGGUGUUGACGUGGUUCGCGAAUCAGCGCCAGCGACGGAACAAGAAGAAGGAGCGACGGGUGCCGAGCACGCCGUACGUCCGCCCUGAUCUGGCCGUCCCGUCGACGCCAGCGAGCAGAAUUCGCGCGCCGAUGCACGGCCACCAGCAGCGGCGGACCGUGUCGGGCUCGUCGUUCGGUUCGAGCGGGAGCUCGUUGGUCGAGUAUGCCGAGCAGGAUCUCGUCCUUCCUCCGCUCGACCCGUCUGUCCAGCAGCCGCUCUUCCUCCCCGACGUCCCCGUCUUGGGCGACGUGACCGCGCCGACACCCAUCGCCGCAUCCUUCUUCGCGACGCCCUCCUCGUCGAGAUUCGACUGCUCCGCUUCGAGCGUGUCCUCCUCCCUCGACGACUUCUCCAUCCCUCAGCUCCCUCGCGCGACCUACGAUCCCUCCUCACUCUUCUCCACCUCGCCCUCGAACGCCUCAAAGAGCUCCCUCGACCUCCCUCCACUCGACGCGCCGUUCGAGCCCGCAAUCGUCCAAGCGCCCGCCCCGACCGACGCCUGGAUGGACGACGAGUUCUACCGCAACUUGUUCGGAUCGCUCGGGCUGGACGCGGGCGAGGGAGGAGCGGGGAUGGAGACGGACGGAGCGGGAGAGGGAGGAGGGUUGACGCUUUCGCUGGACGCGGUGCGGGCAGAGUUGGAGGGCAUGCAGGGGGUGGAGGCGGAUCUGUCGUUCCUGUUCUAG